AUGGACAACUUCAUGUUGUUCGAGUCGCAAUUAGUUGCGAUGUAUCCAAAGCCGGAGCCAAAUAGGCCGCGGCAAUAUGGCGAAAAACCGCGGCGCCAAUUACCACCGAAGAAAGCGGAUAGCGGGGCGCCAGCCAGAGCCCCGGCGAUGACCACUACAAGCGCCCCGUAUGCGAGGGGAUCUUUAAAGUGUGGUAGUGAAGACCACAAGGUGUUGAGUGCCCGAAGUGCCAGCCCGGAGAAGCACAGCGACUCCUGGAUCAGCGGUUCAAGAAACCGUAUGUCGCUGAUGUGGCCGCCGGACAAGAAGACCGACAAGAAGACCAAGUUUAUUAGCGUAGCCGUGGCUGCGAACGAUUUGGUCGAAGCGCGCGCUCAUCGCACCUUGGAUUGCGACAUCAAUGGCCUCAAGGUGACGACACUACUCGACGGUGGUGCUGACCAAUCGGUGUUGUCGCCGACGUUUUUAUCACGUCUGGAAGAAACGGGCAAUUUUACGUCGCCGGUGCGACAGCUGGACGACGCGAUGGAAUUGGGCGGGUUCAUGGAAGGCAUGAAGCUCGAUGUGGACCGCGACGUCAAGCUACGUCUGACCUUUGAAACGGGCUGGUGA